AUGUCUGAUUACUCUGACUUGAAAUCUUCACAUACGAAUUCACCAUUUCCGAAAGUGAUGAAAGGCGGUGAAAAUAUAUAUAGACACUUUAAGUACUUGGAAUUAAAUCCGGGUCUUUCAAUAAUGACUGUAGUAUUUCUUUCUAUAGCGUCUGUUGUCGGCACGUUCGGAAAUAUUCUUACACUGUUAGUGAUGACACCAAGGUGUAAAACAAAGGGAAAAAUGGAAAACAUUUUCAUUGUCAAUUUAGCUCUGUCUGACAUCUUUAUAGCAUCUAUAGCUGAUCCAAUAAGUAUUAUUGUAAAAAUAGAAGGGGAAGAAUUUUUCAACCGCAUUCCAGGGCUUUGUCAGACGAUUGCCAGCAUAUGCACCGUUUCCUGUGUGACGUCAAUUAUGACAAUUGGAUUGAUGAGUGUCAACCGGUACGUCUGUAUAUGCGCGCAUGAAAAAUAUGACCGACUAUUCACGAAAUGGAACUGCAUCGGUAUAUCCAUGUCGCUAUAUUUCAUUGGAGGUUUAUUGGUUCUGUUAAAUGAAGCGGACAUUGGUGAUCAUGGAUAUGACAGGAAAAGUUUGGAAUGCAUUUGGGAUCGCAUGGCAACCUACCCAUAUACCGUAGUUUACUCAAUAACAAUAGUAUGGAUUCCAUCCAUUAUAAUUGGUAUUUGUUACUUGAAAAUAUAUUUGUAUGUCAAAGUACAUUCAAGACGAAUGUAGAAAAGAAGACUGCUUUAA